AUGACUUGAUAUUUACAGGAAAUAAUCCAAAGAUGUUUGAAGAAUUCAAGAAAGCAAUGGCUAGAGAAUUUGAGAUGACGGACAUUGGCCUAAUGGCCUACUAUCUUGGAAUUCAAGUAGCACAGAGGAAGGGUGUUAUUUUUAUUUCUCAAGGAGAGUAUGCAAAGGAAAUUCUCAAGAAUGUUGAGAUGGAGAAUUGCAAUCCCGCCGGAUAUCCUUUUUGGGGUUGGACUCUUGAGUCACUUUAUGGAAACUCCUACUACCUCGCACUUAAAGGUAGCGAAAAGAAUACUUCGGUACGUACGCUUGAUUAUGAAAUUCUUUAUUCAUCUUCUAAAGAAUCCAAGUUCCUGGGAUAUUGUGAUAGUGACUGGGCUGGUGAUAUUGAUGAUCGGAAAAGUACUACUGGGUUUGUUUUCUUUCUUGGAAAUUCCGCAUUUACAUGGAAUUCUAAGAAGCAACCAAUUGUGACUUUGUCAACUUGUGAAGCGGAGUAUGUAGCAGCUUGUUCGUGUGUUGCCAUGCAAUUUGGCUAA